AUGACUACCCCAGUCACAACAACGGAACCGACAACUAUUGAUAAUAAUGCUGCGGUGAGUAGCGUUGAAGCUUCAAAACUUGACAGUGAUAAAAAAGAGGAAGAACAGUUAAGUACAGAAUCACCGGAAGAGUAUGAACAGCACUGUAUACUUUUUCCUACUUAUUCAUAUAAAGAAGUCGAUAAUGGAUCGGAUGAGUGGAAUAUCCGUGUUCGCGGAUGGGCAUUUAACUCGCCAAAGAAAAGUCGAACACGUGAAUUAUUUAUGGAUAUUGCUUCAUGGGCAACUGGUCUUAAAGAAGGUGAUGAAAGCUAUGAAAUCCUUCAUGCGCGAACAGAACUAUUUUGGGCCAGUAAUAUCAGCAAAGGGGAAUACACAAUUCAAGCUGUCGGUGUGACAGACGCGAAAAAGAUGACAAUCGAAGGUGAUCCAAAUGAACCGACAUCGCAAGAAACUCAUGCUGCUAAAGUCGAAGAACCAAAAGUUCAACAAAUACUAGAAAAUGCUCAAAAAAUACAUUUACACGGUCAUCCUGCAUGGGAAGCAAAAUCAAUAAAGAUCAAACCAAAGGAGGGAACUUUCACCGGAACUUUAGCCAUCAAAAACGACAUCAUUUCUAAAUGGGAUGAACAAGCUACAAAGAAUCAACAAGCUGGUAUUUUGCAGAGUAUCUGGAAUUUUAUGGCACCCCCGAGUACUUCAAGUUCUUCGAACCAUGCGAGAUUAUUGAAAUUACAAGCUUAUCACUCACAAAUUGCAUAUCCUGCUUUUGGUGUUGUCAAUCUGAUUGAGCCUGAAGGAUAUUCUGUGAUCUCGGAUAUCGAUGACACAAUCAAGGAUACCGACAUUUCUGCAGGUGCCAAAGUCGUCUUAUCAAAUACUUUUCUUCAUAAAUUCAAAGAGGUACCAGGGAUGGCUGCACUUUAUAAAUUUUGGUACAAUAAAGGAGCAGGAAUACAUUAUGUUUCCAAUUCACCUUGGCAACUAUUUCCAAUGUUACGUGGUUUCUUUGAAGUAUAUGACUUUCCCACGGGUUCAGCUCAUCUAAAGUUCUAUGAUGGGCUCAUAAAGAGUGCAUAUCAGCAAAAAGAAAAUCCGAUGGCCAGUAAAUUUAUGUAUAUUAGAGAAUUGCUUAAAGACUUCCCGAAGCGCCAAUUUAUUCUCGUUGGCGAUACUGGUGAACUUGACCCAGAAAUUUACACAACAAUUGCCCGAGAAAAUCCUGGUCGAAUUUUGCGCAUAUUUAUCCGUGACGUGACAACAGCACGCGUGAAAGAUUUACCAGCCCAAGAACCACAUCGUUCAUACAUUCAAACAUUCCCAAGUAUCAUUGGCCACCUAAAGACUUAUUAUAGUGCUGAAGAUAAGGAUAAGCAAAACAAGCAACAAGAGCAAGCGGAUCUAACACCCACAAAAACGGAGGUCCCGGAACCGACUCCUGCUGAUCCGCAUAAACCUGAAAGACACGGAAGCCUAUCGACAACUUUUCUCGAUAAACUUCAUACCGACAUCUCGCACCUUCAUAUAGGUUCUACUAGUGAUUCAGAAGCAGCUGCUAAACCCCCAGCAGCUGCUGCAAUUGGAACAUCAUCGAAACCUGCUCAAGGUCAACAAGCUUUAAAGACUCCUCUACAAAUGUUUCAUGAGCGUAUAGAAAAUAUAACUAAAGAUUUGCCGAAAGACUUAUUUAUUUUAUUCACAAAUCCAAUUACAUUACAAAACGAUGAAGCUAUUAGAAAAGCGUUUAACUACUGA